AUGUCCUUCAAACACCCCGUGUACAUCGAUGAGAACAUGCCCUUUCCCAUGCUCAUUGGGUUGGACUGUCUCUGGCGCCUGGACGCUAAAAUCAGCUACAAGUCCGGGGAACUGUUUGCGCGUGUGAAAAAGCCUAAGCCGUACAAUCCGCCGCCUGACAAGGACUUCCACUACUCUGUGGCCAGUCUUUCGGGUGAGGCUGUGAUAACGGGCACACCACCACGCUCAAAGCCGCCCGGGAAGCCACCUGAAGUUUUGUCCCAGAUUGACAAGGUCAUAGACCAAGCUGAUGCUCUCACCAACGAGCGUACGUUAGAUGACCACCUAAUUCAGGGCAUUGCCACCAUCACCCCUUCGACAAACGUCUCAGAACUUCGGAGCUUCUUGGGGGUCUGCAACUACUCGUGUCAGUUCGUGGAGCAUUACGCGGACAUAGCACGACCUCUGACUACUCUGUUGAAGGAUGUGGCAUUCGAGUGGGCAGAGCAGCACCAGCAGGCCAUGAAUGACCUGAAGGCCACGAUGUGCUCGGCUCCAUGCUUGGCUCGCCCCGACUGUGACAAGCGUCAUGGCUGCUGGCUCUGCAAAGCUUCGACAUUGAGGUGCGCUACGCCCAGAACCAACGUAGCCCUCUUGGCAUGGAUUUGGCUGCGUGCCAACACUGCUUGGACGACGCCAUUGCGUCAGUCCCACCAGCCAGCCAGCCCCCCUCAGACUCUUCUAAACCACAACCACCACUACUACGACCAGUCAGUUUGUGCGGAUUUGCCGACCGUGUACGUAGAUGGCAGUGCUUUUCAGCACGGUCCUGCGCCUGGAGCGGGCGUGGGUGUCGUCUGGGUGGACGGUGACUGGAGGGAGUCCCAAUGUUCCUCUCUGGGAGAGAGGACCUCACAGUUUGCUGAAGUAGCGGGAAUCGUGAUCGUGCUACGCGGCGCUGAGGACCGUGGCUUCCGUAAACUAGUGAUUUGCACUGAUUCGGACUACACGCGUCUAAGUUUCCUAUGUCAUCUCCCGUCUUGGAAGAGCAACGGGUUCCAGACCGCUAACCGGAAGCCCGUCAAACAUGAGGCACUCUUCAGAGCAUGUGACAUUCUGGUGACUGCACUGGACAUGCACGUUUACUGGCGUAAGGUCAAAGGCCACUCUCGCGCACCCGGUCCUGAAAAGGAGUUGAACGAUCUUGCAGACUCUUUGGCCAAGCGUGGUGCGACCGAGGGUCCCCUGUGGGUUUUCGACCGCUGGUGGCUUGAGGGAUGGGUGUGGUCUUUCCCUGAUCAACGCCAGGUGUGUGUUGUUACUCGAGCUCAGGUCGCUAAGGCGUCCACCUCGGACCCAACCAAAGGUGCGGUGUCCGUUGGACCUGCCUGCUCGGAUACCGAUCUUGUCAGUCAUCAAUCCCGGGACCCUGCUAUCAGCAGGAUGAUCAAAUACAUUUCCGAUCCUAAAACCCAGCUACCGACUUCCAUCGAGCUUGACUCCGUUCCUGAGCUUCGCUCUCUCUUUCGCGUGCGUUCCACGCUGAGGAUGGUCGAAGGGCUGCUGAUGCACGCCGCCAAGCCUCCUUUGCCGCCCGUACUUGUCACACCAAAGCCGCUAAGGAGGGCCAUGAUCACGCAGGCUCAUGACUCUCCAUCCGCCGGUCACAAAGGUGUCAAGGCCACAUUCGGUGCCCUGAGCCAGGUUGCUUAUUGGCCGGGGAUGCGUCGUGACACGCCUGAUGACACGGCGAAGACGACAGCGAUCCUCUUGAUGAACCACGUCUUUGCCCGCUUCGGUCUGCCCAUGCGGGUCGACUCGGACAGGGGUACCCAUUUCACCUCUGAAGUGAUGAGACAUCUGUGGAAACUGUUGGGUGUCAAGGCUAAGUUCCACAUUAGCCACCGUCCCCAGUCUUCUGGACAAGUCGAACGGGUGAACCGCACAGUUAUCAGCAUGUUGAAGAAGUACGUGUCGGCUAACCACCCAGACUGGGAUGUGAAGCUUCCUGACAACAGUUUCCUCAUUGUUCCUUCCUCCAACUGCAUGCUUGCACUGACUGAUUUUGUGCGUCACAUCUAA